AUGCGCCAUCAACUUCUGAUCGCAUUUAUUGCGCCUGCAGCAUUGGCGGCAGCAUCCGCACUCAAGUCUCGCGGUGAGUGUCAACAAGGAUAUACCCUUUGUUCUCCGGCCGGAGCGACAACUGCCACUACCCCACAAAUCGGCGAUUCGGAUUUCGUGAAUCUAUUCCAAGAUAUCGUUCUCUCCUCUUUACCUGCAAGCAAACGAUCGCUUUCUUCCUCCUCAGAGCAUAGUACCGAAAAACGCGACUCGGCUUCAUUAUGCUGCGUUUCUUCUUUAACAUGUCUCACCAUGCACUCCCUAAGCAUACCUUUUUGCUACGAUCAAUUCACAACCAAUUAUUAUCUUCCAGAUGAUAGUUACGGAACUGUGGUAGGAGGAUCAUAUAGUUCUUCCUCGGGUGCUACCGCCAAUCUGGAAUCAGGAGAUUAUACAGAUAAAGAUGGAAUAACAGGAAAUAUCUACAGUAGCAACAGCGCUGCCAAGCCCAAUACCGCUACUCUCCCCAUGCCAUCCCAAUUCACUGCUAGUGGAGUGGGUAGCGCUAUUCCCGCAUCGGUCUUAGGCGGAGUCACGGUUACUUAUACGACGACGCUUCCUGCCAGUACUAUUCCUGCUACGACGAUUCCCGCGACUACUGUUUCGGAAAGUAUUUCUCAGCAGACGAUUUCAGUUUCGACGACAAUCACAACUUCAAUUGGGGGAAAUAAAGUUGUUAGCACGGAAGUUCAAAUAAAGACUAUGGAAACUACUAUCCCAGGAACGACGAAGAGUGCUAGUACGAGGGCGGCGAGCACAUUCAGUGAGGUUGUGGCUACGGUUACGACCGUUGUGGCGAGUAAUACUGCUUCUGCGCCGAGUGCAAGUGCGACUGGAAAUAGUGGAGUGGGAAGACCGGGGAUGGAAAUUGGAGUUGCGGGGAUAAUGGGAAUGGUGGGGGUUGUUGCUUUGGUCUUGUGA